AUGGUGUCUGUAUUGGUGGCGGUGUUGGUGGCAGUCUUGAUGGUGUCUGUAUUGGUGGCGGUGUUGGUGGCAGUGUUGGUGGUGGCUGUACUGGUGGUGGCUGUAUUGGCGGUGUCUGUAUUGGUGGCGGUGUUGGUGGCAGUGUUGGUGGUGGCUGUAUUGGUGGCGGUGUUGGUGGCUGUACUGGUGGCGGCUGUAUUGGUGGUGGCUGUAUUGGUGGUGGCUGUAUUGGUGGCGGUGCUGGCGUUGGCGGCGUUGGGGCAGGAGGAUGCUGGCGAGCUCCGGGAGCUCCCCGCCGGCCCCAGCUCGGGGCGGGAGGGCGGCCGGCGCAAGCGAACCACCUUCAGCAAGGCGCAGCUGGAGCUGCUGGUCCGCGCCUUCGAGAAGGAGCCGUACCCCGGCAUCGCCCUGCGGGAGCAGCUCUCCGGCCUCACCGAGAUCCCCGAGUCACGCAUCCAGGUGUGGUUCCAGAACAGGAGAGCCCGGCAGCUAAACCACAAGAAGAGCGAAGCCGCCGCUUGCGCCAAGCCGGGCAAGCUGAAGGCUCCCCGGUGCGCUGGCCAGGAGCAGCCCCCGGCGCAGCAGGGCCCGGGGACAGAGCGGAGCCUCCUCUGCCCGCAGCCAGGCCUGCCAGGAGGGAGCCAGAGCUUCUGCGGUCAGCCGCCGUCCUGCUCGGGGCAGCUGUACUCAAGGCGCGACAUGCAUUUCAGGAGCUUGGAUAACACUUUCGGAGCGCUGGGUCAGACCCCAGCUGACUUCGGUUUGGACUGUUCGGGAACGGGGGUCCCACUAGGUGCGGGAAGUGUGGGGAGUGUCCCUCCGUUCUCGCUCCCUGUGCAGCAGACACAGGAGUAUCUGCACCUGAAGAAAUCCUUUCCUGAAAGCUUCUACUCAAAUGCAGAUGUUUUCCAGCCUUGUACAGAUCACCAGUACCCAGCAGCUAAAGAGAAUAUGUACAGGAAGCCUGUCUUAAACUACUUAAAUGCUAACCAGGGCCUGGGUGUUGAGAACUGUUUGUAUGCCAAGUCAGGCACUUCUCCCUUUGGGACGGGCUCCACUUUCAGUUAUGAUGGGGGGGAACCUAAGCUUGAGCCCGAGCAGAUGAGGCACAGUUCACCUCUGCUUGCUGCUAGUAAUGCUAGUCCUCCUUUGGUACUUCCAAAGCAUGAAGGGGGGUAUCAAAGGACACUUGCCACUCCAGCCUCAUUGUAUGGGCAGCAGCUGCUGGAGACAGUAAAUGACUCUGACCCUUAUUGGCUGGGCAUGGGAAAUGAAAUGUUUGGAACAGGGUUAGAUUUGCUGUUUGAGAAUGAGCAAAAUGCAGAGCAAGGUCAGACAAAAAGUUACCUUUCUGCUUUUGGUGGCCAGAAUUUGGUCUAUCAUUUGGGUCAGACAUGAGCUGGCAGUGGGUCCACUUGCCAGAUGGAAAAUGAAUGUGAAUUUUUUUUUCUCAGUUGGCAGUGUUGUCUGAAGUAGCUCGAGGUUUUGCAGGCCCAAGUGCAGAGUGCUUGCCCUGAAUUUUGUGCCGUUUGGAAGGGAAAAAGAAAGAUAAGCCAUGUUAGCAAGGGCUACCUGUGGAGUCUAAGUUGCCUCCCCACCCCAAGUGAUCUUUCACCAGCUGCUUGCAGUAUUCCUGCACAUGUUUGGUUAUGGACAGCCUAACUUUAACCUGCAUGCACAGACUGAUCUUCACAAGCAUGUCAGUACUGAAGAGUUCUCUGUGUUCAGACUGUGCUGGAUUAAUUCUGCCAGGCAACUUAGCACUAUGGACUGCUUUUGUGGCCUUACGGCACUGAGUUUUCUUUCUAUUCUGGUCAUGAUUUGCUUAUUUUAACUUAAGGAAACUUAGAUUUUAGUUAAGAAAGCAUUAACACAAGAGGGUACAAGCAUGGGAAAAGCAACCUUGGUGGUGGCAGGGGACAUCUCACUGGGUGUGUUUGCAUUUUAGGUAUGUGCCUGAUAAGGAACACUAAUGGUCUUUUCCUGGGUACUUAAUAUAUAAUGUUUUCAUUUAAA